CGGAGACCGAGGACUUUUCUCCGGUUCGAGGGGCGCCCCGCAGGGCGCACCGUACCAGUGCUGCAGUCGGGCACACCGCGGCGCCGGGGCCCUCUCAGGGCGAUGGAGCCGGGUCUGCAAGAAGCGUGAGGCGCCGCCGCUGGGUUCUGGAGAGCGGAGGCACCAGGUCUGGAGACCCCGGGCGGCGGACGGGAGCCCUCCCCCCGCCCCGCCUCCGGGGCACCAGCUUCGGCUCCAUUGUUCCCGCCCGGGCUGGAGGCGCCGAGCACCGAGCGCCACCGAGAGUCGAGCGCCGGCCUCGGGAUUCUCGCGACCCCGCCAGGACCAGAACGGAGCCCGGGGGCGAGGGGCCGGAGUGGGGAACGCGGGUACACGCCCGCCUGCACAAGCCACGGCGAGCUCUCCCGAGGCGGAACCGCAGCGCCAAGUGAGAGUCAGCUUGAAAAGGAGAAUCGGGCUCAAGGUGGAGUAUCCAUGGAGGUGUGGAGCCUUGUCACCAAUCUCUAACUGCAGAACUGGGAUGUGGAGCUGGAAGUGCCUCCUCUUCUGGGCUGUGCUGGUCACAGCCACACUCUGCACUGCCAGGCCAGCCCCGACCUUGCCUGAACAAGCUCAGCCCUGGGGAGCCCCUGUGGAAGUGGAGUCCCUCCUGGUCCACCCUGGUGACCUGCUGCAGCUUCGCUGUCGGCUGCGGGACGAUGUGCAGAGCAUCAACUGGCUGCGAGACGGGGUACAGCUGGUGGAAAGCAACCGUACCCGCAUCACAGGGGAGGAGGUGGAGGUGCGGGAUUCCGUGCCCGCGGACUCUGGCCUCUACACCUGUGUGACCAGCAGCCCCUCUGGCAGCGACACCACCUACUUCUCCGUCAAUGUCUCAGAUGCACUCCCCUCCUCGGAGGAUGACGAUGACGAUGAUGACUCCUCUUCAGAGGAGAAAGAGACAGACAACACCAAACCAAACCGUAUGCCCGUAGCUCCAUAUUGGACAUCCCCAGAAAAGAUGGAAAAGAAAUUGCAUGCCGUGCCAGCUGCCAAGACAGUGAAGUUCAAAUGCCCUUCCAGUGGGACACCUAACCCCACACUGCGCUGGUUGAAAAAUGGGAAAGAAUUCAAACCUGACCACAGGAUUGGAGGCUACAAGGUCCGUUAUGCCACCUGGAGCAUCAUAAUGGACUCUGUGGUACCUUCAGACAAAGGCAACUACACCUGUAUUGUGGAGAAUGAGUAUGGCAGCAUUAACCACACCUAUCAGCUCGACGUCGUGGAGCGGUCCCCACAUCGGCCUAUCCUACAGGCAGGAUUGCCUGCCAACAAGACAGUGGCCCUGGGCAGCAAUGUGGAGUUCAUGUGUAAGGUGUACAGUGACCCACAGCCCCACAUCCAGUGGCUGAAGCACAUCGAGGUGAAUGGGAGUAAGAUUGGUCCAGACAACCUGCCUUAUGUCCAGAUCUUGAAGACUGCCGGAGUUAAUACCACCGACAAAGAGAUGGAAGUGCUUCAUUUAAGAAAUGUCUCCUUUGAGGACGCGGGGGAGUAUACGUGCUUGGCGGGUAACUCUAUCGGACUCUCCCAUCACUCUGCAUGGUUGACCGUUCUGGAAGCCCUGGAAGAGAGACCGGCAGUGAUGACCUCGCCCCUGUACCUGGAGAUCAUCAUCUACUGCACAGGGGCCUUCCUCAUCUCCUGCAUGGUGGGCUCUGUCAUCAUCUACAAGAUGAAGAGUGGUACCAAGAAGAGUGACUUCCAUAGCCAGAUGGCCGUGCACAAGCUGGCCAAGAGCAUCCCUCUGCGCAGACAGGUAACAGUGUCAGCUGACUCCAGUGCAUCCAUGAACUCUGGGGUACUUCUGGUUCGACCCUCUCGUCUCUCCUCCAGUGGGACCCCCAUGCUAGCUGGGGUCUCUGAAUAUGAGCUUCCUGAAGAUCCCCGAUGGGAGCUACCCAGAGACAGACUGGUCUUAGGUAAACCUCUGGGAGAAGGCUGCUUUGGGCAGGUGGUAUUGGCAGAGGCCAUUGGGCUGGACAAGGACAAACCCAACCGUGUGACCAAAGUGGCCGUGAAGAUGUUGAAGUCGGAUGCAACAGAGAAGGACCUGUCAGACCUGAUCUCAGAGAUGGAAAUGAUGAAGAUGAUUGGGAAACACAAGAACAUCAUCAACCUGCUGGGGGCCUGCACUCAAGAUGGUCCUUUGUACGUCAUUGUGGAGUAUGCUUCUAAGGGUAACCUGCGGGAGUUCCUGCAGGCCCGGAGGCCCCCGGGUCUGGAAUACUGUUACAACCCCAGCCACAACCCAGAGGAACAGCUUUCCUCCAAGGACCUGGUAUCCUGUGCCUAUCAGGUGGCCCGAGGCAUGGAGUAUCUUGCCUCCAAGAAGUGCAUCCACCGAGAUCUAGCUGCCAGGAAUGUCCUGGUGACAGAGGACAAUGUCAUGAAGAUUGCAGACUUUGGCCUAGCUAGGGACAUUCACCACAUCGACUACUAUAAAAAGACAACCAACGGCCGGCUACCUGUUAAGUGGAUGGCUCCUGAGGCACUGUUUGACCGGAUCUAUACCCAUCAGAGUGAUGUGUGGUCUUUUGGGGUGCUCCUGUGGGAAAUCUUCACUCUGGGUGGUUCCCCGUAUCCUGGUGUGCCUGUGGAGGAGCUUUUCAAGCUGCUGAAGGAAGGUCAUCGAAUGGACAAACCCAGUAACUGCACCAACGAGCUGUACAUGAUGAUGCGGGACUGCUGGCAUGCGGUGCCCUCUCAGAGACCUACCUUCAAGCAGCUGGUGGAAGACCUGGACCGCAUUGUGGCUUUGACCUCCAAUCAGGAGUAUCUGGAUCUGUCAAUGCCCCUAGACCAGUACUCGCCCAGCUUUCCUGACACCCGAAGCUCUACCUGCUCCUCGGGGGAGGAUUCCGUCUUCUCUCAUGAGCCGUUGCCUGAGGAGCCCUGUCUGCCCCGACACCCUACCCAACUUGCCAAUGGUGGACUCAAACGACGCUGA